AUGGCUCGAGCUGCGGUUUUCGCGCUCACCCUCGCGCUGCUGCUCGUGGUGGGGCGCGCCGGUAGCCCCAUCACAAGCUCGACGGCGAACGAGAAGCCCGACCAGAGCAGCAAGAAGGACGACGGGCUCAUGACCGAAAUCCCCGCGGCCAUCGCGAAGCAGGCGGCGGCGGGCAACGCGGAGGGAGUGACAUACGUUGACACGGCGCAGGACACGUUCUUCAUGGCUGAUGUGAAGAAGGCCGGGUGGAACGCGCAGAAAUGCCCGCCGGGUUUGAACAAGGAGCUGGCGGGCGCGUGCACGCCCAAGAAUUGCUCCAAGGGCGGCAUUGCGGCCAAGUGGAAGACGGCGUACCUGCAGAAGAACAAGCUCGGGUACGAGCUGUACGUGCCAGGUAACCCUCUCACGCUGCUCAAGGCCAACCCCGCGUCGUGCUGCAACACGUGCGCCGCGACGCCGGCGUGCACGUACUGGCAGUACAUUCCCGAUAUUACCAUCGACGGGAAGAAGGGCAAGGGCGCGUGCUACCUGAUCCACGAUCAGAUCGACUUCACGUGCGGAGAGAUGACCGCGCAGUACAGCACGGAGACGAAGCCCGUGCCGCUUCAGGUGCGCAUCGGCGGCGAGUGCAACCCGAGCGCCAAGAUUCUCAACGACCCGCAUCUGGUUGGCGCGCACGGCACGCACUUCGACUUCAACGGGCGCCCCGACAAGGCGUUCUGCCUGCUGACGGACCGCGACCUGCACGUGAACAUGCUGCUGCGCGGGUACUACGACGAGCGCACCGACAACGCGGCGCUGGUCGUCGACGGUAAGGCCGUGCACACGUGGAUUAAGGAGCUCGGGAUUGUGUGGACCGCCAAGGGCGUCGACCACAAGGUCCGCAUCGCGGCGCGCGGCGGCAAGCAGCAGGAGCGCGGCGAGGGGUUCGUGAAGAGCAUCGAGAUUGACGGCGAGGCGAUCCCGCGCAUGCAGGUGGGCGACAGCGUGACGAGCGACGGCGGGCUGACGAUCCAGUUCCGCGCGCUGGAGAAGGAGGGGCCGUUCGAUGUGGAUUACUACCUGCUGACUAUCGACGGCCUGAUUUCGCUCGACCUCCGCCUGCGCGUGGCGCACCCGAAGCUGCAGACGCCGAGCGACGCCGAGGCGCACAUCAACGUGGGGAUUGCGGAGCUGGAGCACACCGACGCGAUCCACGGCGUGCUCGGGCAGACGUACCGCGACGACCACGCGCAGCGCGCUGCGGACUUCCAGAAGCUGAUCGCGAGCCUGCACCGUCCGAUCUCCGCCGACAGCGCGGAAGGGCAAGGGUUCCUGGAUGGCACUCCGCGGUCGUACGAGGCGAGCGACGUGCUUGCUGUGGACUGCGCUUACACCGCGUAUGGCCGCGCCAGGCAGGUGAUGCCCGUGCAGGAGUUCCCGACCUCGUGGGCCAAGAAGUUUCGGCCGGUUCGCGUGCGCGUGCCGCUGCCAAAGCUGACUGGCGGGGUGGGAGACAAGAAGAAUCGACUCGCCAAGACCACCCGUCGGUACGUGGGUCAGGCCACAGGGCCUGAGAGCAUAGCAUGGGACCCGAGCGGGCGAGGGCCGUACGUGAGUGUGAGCGACGGGCGCAUUCUCAGGAGGAAGGCGGACGACAGCGACUGGGAGGAGUUCACUUAUGCUUCGCCCCACAGGACCUCUGCAAUGUGCGAUUCGCGCACCGCGAAACUCACACUAGAGGACAAAUGUGGCCGGCCAGUGGGAAUGGCAUUUCACCCCACCACGGGGGACCUUUACUUUGCUGACGCCUAUUACGGGCUCUUCAAGGUGAGCAGCAGCGGCGGGCAGGCAACGAAGCUGGUAGAUGUGGUGGAUGGGGCGCGCAUGAUGAUGUGCAACGACCUUGACAUUGAUGCUGAUGCCAAUGUGGUCUAUUUCACCGACUCCAGUUCAAGAUGGGCCCGCAGGGACUUCCUCCCUCUGCUGCUAGAGGGGCGCAAGGACGGGCGGUUCAUGAAGUACGACAUUGGCACAGGCAAGACCACUGUUCUUGUGGACAAGGUCGCGUUCGCAAACGGUGUCGCAAUUUCGCAGGACAAGAAGUUUGUCGUCUUCUGUGAAACGACCUACCUCAGGUGUCACCGGUAUUGGAUCCGAGGCCCGAAGACUGGAAAGAAGGAGCUAUUUGUAAAACUCCCUGGCUACCCUGACAAUCUCAGCCUCAACCCCAGGGGGAGGUUCUGGAUCGCACUCAACUCGCGCAACUCGCUUGUAACAGCAUUGCUUAUGCGGACUCCUAUUAUUCGAGCAUGCUUGAUCGUUGCGCUAGUGGCUGGGAAUGCCGAGGCGGGGCUGACAAAGCGGUGGUCCAAAAAGUUCAAGGCCGCGCGGGUGAACCUUCCUCCUGGAAAACUCUUCCCAAGGACGGACAAAAAGAACCGACUCGCUCGAGCCACCAAGAGGUACGAGGGAGAGAUGGCAGGCCCGGAGAGUAUUGCCUGGGACCCCAAUGGCAAGGGCCCGUACGUCAGCUUCAGCGACGGGCGAAUCAUGCGGCGCACGGACGACGACAGCGCCUGGGAGGAGUUCACGUACGCGUCGCCGCUGCGAACUGCGGCAAAAUGUAACUCAAAGAAAACCAACCCUGAUCUGGAAACCACCUGCGGGCGGCCGCUCGGCCUGGCGUUUCACCCCACUACCGGGGACCUCUAUUUCGCGGAUGGGUAUUUCGGCCUGCAUAAAGUCCAAGGAGCGGUGUCAGGCCAACAACAGUACCAGCAACAGCAGCAUGGAACCCAUCUGCGGCCGCGUCUAAAAGGUACAAUCCCUCUCACGCACCGCGUACCCCACCCCCUCACUCCCAGGUCCAAGGCGCGGUGUCAGGGCAACAGGACCACCAACAGCAGCAUGGAGCCCAUCUGCGGGCGCCCCUUGGGUCUGCGCUUCCACCCAGUCACUGGCGACCUUUACUUCGCAGACGCGUACUUUGGGCUGCACAGAGUAGGGCCGGGCGGGGGCAAGGCGGAGAGGCUGGUGGACGUGGUGGCGGGGAAGCGCAUGCUGAUGACCAACGACCUUGAUAUUGACGCGGAUGGGAAGAAUGGUGUGGUUUACUUCACCGAUGGGAGCACCCGGUGGCAAAGGAAGGAUUUCUUCCUGGCAACACUGGAAGGGCAGCCGGACGGGAGGUUUAUGCAGUACGACAUUGCAACGGGGCAGACCAAGGUGCUGGUGAAGGGGGUGGCGUUCGCCAAUGGCGUUGCGAUCUCCCGUGACCGCACCUUUGUGGUCUUCUGUGAAACCAGCUACAUGCGGUGUCAUCGGUACUUUAUCCGAGGGCCAAAGACGGGCAAGGCUGAAAUGUUUGUAAACCUGCCCGGGUAUCGUGACAACGUGAGCCUCAACCCCAGGGGACGAUUCUGGAUCGCAAUCAACUCGAGACGAACUCCCAUGUCCGAGGUCCUAGCAAGGAGCCCCUAUGCGCGAUACAGGCUGCUCAACGACCCGGUGGGGCUGCAGGCUGCCUACGUGGCAGCGGUGGGGCUGUCGCACGGGAUUAUAGUGGAGGUUGACAAUAACGGGGUGAUCACAGACGUGCUUGAGGAUAAGCUGGGGCGGAACGUGGUGGCAACGAGCGAGGUUGUGGAGAAGAAGGGGAAGUUGUGGAUCGGGUCGGUGAUGGUUGAUGACGUGGCAGUGUUGAAAUACUCUCCUCCAAACAACACUGCUUCUAACAAGAAAGCCUGA